AUGGAAAAGGAGGCAAGCCAGCUCAAGAGGGACUACAUUCAAAGUGUAUAUGAGAAAAUUGCUCCUUAUUUCAAUGAUGAACAUUGCAGAGCACAGCCAAAGGUGCAGCAGUUCAUUUCAGAGCAGGAACCAGGCAGCCUGAUUGCUGACAUUGGCUGUGGAAAUGACAAAUACCUUCACAUUAGUUCUCAAGUCCAUAAACUGGGCUGUGACUGUUUCCCGUUGGUGGAAUCAGCACAAGAUGAAGGGCACGAAAUAAUGGUAUGCCAUACUUUCCGUCUGCCUUGUUGAAGUGAGUGCUUUGACACUAUCCUAUCCAUCACUACGAUUCACCAUUUUUCAACAGAAGAGAGACGUGUGUGAGCAAUAAAAGAGAUGGCAUGCAUCUUGAGAGUAGGAGGCCAGAUAAUGAUAUAUGUGUGGGCAUUGGAGCAAAACCAGAGAAGAUUUGAAAAGCAAGACAUCUUUGUUCCCUGGAAUCCUUCACCUCCUUCCUGCUCCUCGGCAGUCAUGGCAAAAAAAGGAAGGAGAUAUUUGCCUUUGUAUAUGCCACAACAUGAACACACAGCCCCCUUCGCCCCACCCCCAGAAAAGAAGAUUUUUAAAAGGGAGCUUGACAUGUAUGCUUAA